GCGGGACUUGUCACCAAGCUUGUCCCGGUGUCGUGUCGUCCCAACUCCGACUCAUGUUUCAGCCUGACGCCAACAGACUCUCGCUUCGUAGUCGUCGCCACUUUAUUCUCUGCGUCACGCUUCUGCUCCUACUCCUAUCUGAGUGACGGUUUCAUGGCUUCCUUCUUCCGACGCGGGCUCUUCCUGGCCCUGCAUCAUGCCAUUGGGCAAGGCAGCCGCUCAGUCUGCCACCCUGCAGUGUCUGCCACUCUGCUAGGAGCUACUCGAACCAAGAAGACAUGGCCGGUGACCUUCUCUCAGGAGGAGAUAAAGGAACGUCUCACACCCAAGCAGUAUCAUGUUACACAGGAGCGAGGAACUGAGAGUGCCUUCACUGGAGAGUUCACACACCACAAAGAUGAUGGGACCUACACAUGUGUUGUCUGUGGGGCUCCGUUGUUCAGUUCGGAAUCCAAAUAUGACUCCGGAUCAGGUUGGCCUUCCUUCUUCGACCUUGUGAAAGAGGACUCCAUCGCAGUGUCAGAUGAUUUCUCCUACGGGAUGCACAGAGUGGAGACCACCUGCAGCCAGUGUGGCGCCCAUCUGGGACACCUGUUCGAUGAUGGUCCAAAACCCACAGGCAAGCGAUAUUGCAUCAACUCGGCCUCGCUAUCUUUCCGGCCUAAAGACGCAGAAUCCUCUGGCUCCGCCUCCACGACUGAAGGUGCUGCCGUGGCCGAGGCAAAGACUGAACUUUAAAAGGCCGACCCGGCGAGUUUUAUGCCGUGUGUUUGUGUGUGUUUGAAUUAAGACUCGGAUGCGUACAAACAAAGUAGUUGAAUCAGUACACAUUAUAUCCUGUACAAGUAUUGGCAAAGCAAACACCACAUGCAAAUAAUAUCGGAAAUCCAUUACUGUCGUAGUGCACUUAACGGAAAUUAUGAUCACCAUAUUUACCUGCUUCUUCUUUUUAAUGGUGAAUUGCAACCCGUCGAGUCAGUCCCUCCCUUUCCCACAACACAGCCAAGAUGGCAACUAUUGCAAACUCACUAUUUUGGAGGUUAUUUAGACGCAUUUGCACUCAAAAGACAAAGUGAGAGAAUUGAGACACGGUGUAUAUUUGGCGUGUAUCUUUGAUACUUUUUAAGGUUCUCAGGCAAAAAUAGAACAGGUGGAGUGCUUUUGAUAAAAUAAUCCACUAGUGUCACUCUUUUCUAUUUCCUCCCAAUGGCGCUAUGGUGUUUUUGUCACAGCAGUCAGUGGAUGAAUAAAGUCGAUGAAAUGACAA